AUGGAAGGUCUGGAGAAUCUGAUUCUGCGAAUCAAGCGGGAGCCAGAGGCACACCGCGCGGACUUCUUUCGGAAAUGGGAGGAGUUCGUGGCGGCCCUAGCGGUGCUCCGGUUGACGCCGCAUCUGUACAAUUCCACGGCCAUGGCGCUGCUGAACUUUGUUGCGCAGUCCGUGCCGUUCUACUGUGGGCCGCAGCAGAGCAAUAUAGACCUUCGAUGCAUACCGUCUAACGCAACGGAUUCCACGGGUGUCUCCGCUACAGGCAAAGGCUCGUCUAAUGUCGUUGGAAGCGUUCAACGCGGAGGAAGCGCAGCUGGUAGUAUCAAUUUGGUCUCGGAGAAUGGAGUUGCAAAUGCUGAGGAGUCACCGAGCCCCGAACUGGGACGCGAUCUCUGCAUGAUGCUCAUUGAUUUCGUCAAAUCACACCGCAAGCGCAUAAACGGGAAAACGCUCAAACAAGUAAUAAGCACCACAUUUCUGUUGAGAAGCAAGCGCCUGGUCGAUAUCUUCACCAUAUUCCCGGAGUGGCUAGCUCUGCUCGACCUCGACGACCGCGAUGCGCGUCGAAGGCUCUUCGUCUUUAUCGUACGCGACCUCACUAUCGUAUCGCAACAAGUUAAGGAUGCCAGGUUAACCAGAGCCGUGCAACGUUUAUUUUUCGACUUCCUCAAAGCCAAAAGCAUCCAGGUACAGCUGCUAACAUGCUGCAUAUGCGUCGAGAUGCACAAAAGGAGGGUGUGGAGGGAUAGCCAAACGGUCAACAGCAUUGCACAGUGCGCUCUUGCGUCCAACCUCAAGCUGGUGCUUGCUGGCGCACACUUUCUGCUUGGCACUAAAAACCAUAUGGACGUGGCGUUCUCGGCUUUGGAGGAUAUCGAAGAAGAGAUUGCCGCGCUUGAGGACCUCAACAAACAACAACAGCACCCUGGCUUUGGGGCGCACUCGAAGAAGACCGAGGGGCGGCAGAACCGCUUAGCUCGAACGAAGAAACAUGUGGAAAAACAACUGGAACGUCGCAAACGGCGUCUGCAGUUAUGCGCCGUUCGCGAAUUUGCGGCAAUUGACGACCUACACGAUCCACAGAAAUUCACCGAUCGGCUGUUCGAGCGCUGCAGGAACAAGGAUGUAACCUUCGGCGCCAAGCUCAUCCUGCUCCAGUUAGUCAGCAUUUUGAUCGCACGCCACCGCCUUCUGGUGCCAAACUUCUACGGGUUUAUGUUGAAAUACAUCAACCACAAGCAAAAGCUUGUGACUAAAAUCCUGGCGAUCUCGGCGCAGGCAGUUCACCCUGAUAUGCCCACCGAUCUCGUGGAACCUCUUAUCAAACAGAUAAUGGAUCAAUUUGUGAGUGAAGACCGUGCUAAUGAAGUCAUAACUGUCGGUAUUAACACGCUACGCGAGAUAGCUGCGAGGGCGCCGUGCUUGUUCUCCAAGGAGACCAUCUCACAGAUUGUGGAAUUCAGGCAUAUAAAAAAUAAAGGUACGUGGAGUCUCGAACCACCUAAAAUGCAUUCAGCUGUCGCCAUGGCGACCAAGUCAUUUAUAAACCUCUACCGGGAUCAGGCCCCGGAGAUGCUUCACGCCACCCUUAGAGGGCGUGAAGCCGGCACCCAGCUCAGCCAAGCCAAGAAAGAAAAAAUCUCCAAAACGACUCAAAAGUUCAGCAGCACGUACAUCCUAUCGCAAGAAGAUUUCAAGCGCAAGAAAUACAUGGGCCCUGAUGACGCUGAAGCUGACCAUUCUGGUUCGGGCAGCGACCGUGAUGACGAUGAAGACAUCGGCGCAAGCGAAGAUGCGUAUGACCCCGACGCCGAGGACAGUGAUGAUGGCUCUGAGGAGAUGGACUCUUUGGACGAGGGCGAUGGUUCUGAGAGCGACACGUGGGAAUCAGACGUAGAGGAGGACAGUGAGACAGAGAACGAUGGCAACGGACACGAAAAUAAGCGGGCCACGACAUCUGGAAAUCAUCUUAAGCGUAAACAAGAUCGUGAAACCGAUGACGAUGAAAGCGAACACAGUGACGAGGACGAAGAUUCCGAGGUUGAACGUAUCAAGAUCAACCCGAACGAUCUGGCGUAUGGGUCCAAACGCAAACGUGUCGCGGCAGAGAACCGUCGAGAGGCUGCGUUGGCCCGGAUGGAGCGCAAAAAACGGCGUACAGCUGCUGAGAGUCGCGCAGGGAAUAAGCAGAGCACAACCAACCGUGUUAAGGCCCGCAACAAGCCCGUGCUGAUGACGAUGCAAAGCAAGCGAAUCGUAGGCAAGCAGACGGUGAACAUCGCCGAGAAGAUGGCAAAUCUGAAGCGGCAUCUAAAGUCGUUGAAGAAGGGAAACGUGAAAUACAAAAAGCGUAGACAAUGA